GAAACGCAGCGUGCACUCAACGCUUGACUAGAGUCGCCAUGGUCAAGCUCACCCCCGAGCUGCUCGCGCAGGCCCCGUCUGCACUCAACCCCGUAAAAGAGCGGCAGCUCGAUCUACGAGGUUACAAAAUUCCUACCAUCGAAAACCUUGGUGUGACCAAGGACCAACACGAUGCUAUAGAUUUCACAGAUAAUUCGAUCACCGUGUUGGGCAAUCUGCCCUUGCUCAAACGACUACGAACGCUCCUUCUCGCCAACAAUCGAAUCGCCUCAAUUUCACCUUCGAUUCACCUUUCAGUUCCUAAUUUAACAACUCUCGUUCUUACUGGUAACAGUGUCGCUGAGCUUGGCGAUCUAGAGCCUCUCAGGGAGAUCAAAGGAUUGAAGUAUCUUGCCCUGUUGGGCAACCCUGUGAGGGAAAAGAAAUGGUAUCGCGAGUGGCUUGCGUGGAGAAUACCAUCGCUGAGAGUUCUGGAUUUUCAGAGGAUCCGCGAUAAGGAGCGGGAGGCGGGAAAGUCUUUAUUCCUCACGGCGGAAGGCUUACCCACUGCCCUUGCAACGACGAUAUCGACCACUGUAUCGAAGCAGGGUUCAAAAGCAGCUGUCACUCUUGACGAGCCCAAGCCAGCGGCGCUGUCAGGGAAGGCGGGUCGGUUGAUGUCAAAAGAAGACGCCGAGAAGGUCAAACAGGCCAUUGCAAAGGCAACCUCUAUCGAGGAAAUCAGGAGGUUGGAGAGAAGUUUGAGAGAGGGAUACAUGCCCUCCAUGGAGUCUGUAGGUGCAUGACUGUACUUAGAACUGUAUUUUUGCAUAAUAUCUACUUUGGCUGUUGAGAGCCACACGAAU